CCAAAGCACUGAAGAAACCUACAGCUCCAGGGAUAUUGCGAGUUACACACUGUGCAAGAAGCAGGGCAGCCUUUUCGCUCUUCUGUGGCCAUUCUUACUGCUUAGCAAACAAGACUACUUUGUCGAUAGAGGGAAUGUUCAAAUACUUCCGGAAGCGCUUUGCCAGCCAUCUGACGGAACGCAGUCGCCGAAGAGCAAGGCUGGUAUCUAAAGAUGGAAGGUGUAACAUAGAGUUUGGGAACGUGGAAGAACAGUCACGGUUUGUCUUCUUGGUUGAUAUAUGGACCACCAUCCUGGACCUAAGAUGGAGAUACAAGAUGACCAUCUUCAUCUCAGCAUUUUUAGGCAGUUGGUUCCUAUUUGGUCUCCUUUGGUACGUUGUGGCAUAUAUACAUAAAGAUCUUCCUGAAUUCAGUCCUUCGAUAAACCACACCCCAUGUGUGGAGAACAUAAACGGCUUGACCUCUGCUUUCCUGUUCUCCCUGGAAACCCAGGUUACCAUUGGCUAUGGCUUCCGGUGUGUCACAGAGCAGUGUGCCACUGCCAUUUUUCUGCUGAUCUUCCAGUCUAUUCUUGGGGUCAUCAUCAACUCUUUCAUGUGCGGUGCUAUCUUGGCCAAGAUUUCGAGGUCCAAGAAACGGGCCAAGACCAUUACCUUCAGCAAGAAUGCUGUCAUUAGCAAACGAGGCGGCAAGCUGUGCCUCCUUAUCCGGGUGGCCAACCUUAGGAAGAGUCUACUGAUUGGGAGCCACAUCUAUGGGAAGCUUCUGAAGACGACCAUCACUCCAGAAGGAGAGACUAUCAUCUUGGACCAGGUCAACAUAGACUUUGUGGUGGAUGCUGGCAAUGAGAACCUCUUCUUCAUCUCCCCCUUAACUAUUUACCACGUCAUUGAUCGGACCAGCCCGUUCUUCCGCAUGUCAGUGGAAACCAUCCUCCAGCAGGAUUUUGAGCUAGUGGUAUUUUUAGAUGGCACAGUGGAAGCCACUAGUGCUACCUGUCAGGUCAGGACAUCCUAUAUCCCAGAGGAGGUACUCUGGGGCUACCGCUUUGCUCCCAUCGUGUCCAAGACCAAGGAAGGGAAGUAUAGAGUAGACUUCCACAACUUCAGCAAGACUGUGGAAGUAGAGACUCCUCACUGUGCCUUUUGCCUCUACAAUGAGAAGGAUGCUAAAGCCAAGGCAAAGAGAGGUUACGACAACCCUGGCUUCAUCCUAUCAGAAGUCAAUGAAACCAGCGACACAAAAAUGUAGCUCUGUAUGCUCAUGGGACUGGGGCAUUUUUUGUCGUAACACAAACUCAAUACGGAGAUGCCCAAUAACCUAGUAGCGCAGAAGAAAAACAAAUAGGGCUGUUUUGACAUGAAAAUAGCUCCUGAUUUCUCAAAAGAAUUAAAUCAAAUCAGACUACCACACUAGUGAUCUCUGGGAGGCUAUUUAACUGCACUAUAUAUAUAUAUUUUCAUAGAAUGUAUAUUUUUUAUACCUAUGGGAUGUUCAUUUAAGCUGCUAAAUUGGAAUGUCCGACUCACUCAAUGAAGUUCCCAGAUGCAUUUGAGCCAUAAGCAAGUCUGACAACAUGCCUUAAAAGAAGAGACAUGGGGAGGGCUCCAGAUAUGCUGAAGAGGAGUGGUUCUUGGAUGAAAUGUGAAAAGAAGAGAUAACAGGAGGAAAAAGUCUGAAAAAUUCCAUUUUGGGAGAACCAAAACAGAAUUAUUUGCCUUGCUCCCAGCUGACGGAUUCACUCUCAUAGGACUUCCCAGAAAGCUGACUGCGUGGCAGGUCAGGUGGCCCCAUGAGGCUCUGUCCAGGCAAUCUGGGAGCUGGGGGAGACAGGGCUGGCAGGAAAAAUGGUUUGAUGGAAUUGACAUGUUCAUGGAUAACAUGUUGAUUCCUUGGAAUCAGCAUUUUCUCAUGGAAAAGUGUCCCAUUGUACAUUUUUUGACCAGCUUUAGAUGUAUCCUUUCAAGAAAAAAGGUACUUUAAAAAUACAAAACAAAAAAUAAAAUAUAUAAUUAUCUGAAGCGCGAUAGGUCUUUGCCUACAACACUAGCAAUGAGGAUGUAGAGACACUCAAAAUUGAAUUUUCUAAAGGCCGAAACCAAUUGAAUAAUUAAUAAAUAAAUAAAUAAAUAAAGUCAACUGAAAGAUUCCCAUUGACUUCAAUGGGCUUUGGAUUAAGCCAUAAAUCAUACAUCUUAUUUAUGCAAGCAAAACAUUCACAUGCAUGAGACACUGAGCUUUCAAUCAGUAACAAUCAGGCGUGCAAAGUAUAUUGAGCAUAGCUGGUCAAUAUUUUUCUAAUUUUGAUUUUUCAGUGAAGUUUGAAACACCAAUGGGAAGUUUCAGCCAACAUUUUGUGAAUUUUUCACCAUGCUCUUCCCAUUUUUUCAACUGAGUUCUACUGUUGAGUGUCCAAAUGAUGGACCAAAGAGAAGUGGGUGAUCCUGGGGCUUUUCCCCAUCAGUUUAAUCAACACAAGUCCAUGUUGAACAUGGUUAUGAUGCAAAUGACAUUCUAAAUGCUGUUUGAAGUGUUGUUGUAGCUGCAUUGGUCCCAAGAUAUUAGAGAGACAAGAUGGGCGAGGUAAUAUUUUUUACUGGACCAACUUCUUGUCUCUUUCACCAACAGAAGUUGGUCCAAUGAAAGGUAUUACUUCACCCCCUUCUAAAUGCUGACAGAUCUGAACAGUUCGAACUGAAAAGGAGAAUUAAGCAGGCAAAAUUACAAGAAUCAUACUGAGAGUUAUUUUGAGAAUGAGUGGGAUGGGGUGUAGUGUAGAGAUCUGGGUAUAGGACAGGGAGCCAGGAACUCUCAUGUCCCAAUCCCAUUUCUCAUAGCAACCCUUUCUUUGGCUUUGAGCAAAUCACUUUAACGCACACUUUGGGGUCUCCACCAAUAAUAUGGGAUGACAGCACUCACCUAUCUCCCAGGGGUGUUGUGAGGAACAAUUAGUUAAUGCCUGUAAAGCAUUUGAAGAUUAGUCAGUCCUAAGUAUGAAGAGUGACCAACCCUUCAUUGUACAUUCUCCUCACCUCCACCCACCCCUGCUAUGUACAGUAUUUCUUUUCUUGUGGGCAGAAGGGUUAGCAUUGCUUCUUAGUGCAGGUGGAUACAAAGAGAUGUUUGUUUUAAUGUUGUGCAUCCAGAUGCAACAGUGAUGAGCACAUUGUAAGUUAUUAAAAUAAAAUGUCAUAGAAGACGG